GACCCCUCUCUCUCUCACACACAGUUACCCUUCUCUCCCACCAGCAUAAGAGACAGAGAGGAGCCAGAAUCGGCCUGCAGAGACCCUUCGGAGCAGAGACACUGGGCCCACCAUACAGGCAGACUGCACGAUUUACACCUGAGCCCCCGCUGCCCCCCGAGAAGACAUCCCAGCCUCGUCCCAGAAUCCCACAGCCAGUGAUGGAGUCCGCCGCAGUGCCUCCCGUCAGUGGGGACCCUGGGCAGGCCCCGGGGGGUCAGAGGGCAGAGGUCGAAGGUCGGGAGAGAACAGUGAUCUGGGAGGGGCUGCCCCUGGGUCCUUCAGUGACGGAGCGCUGGGCAGAGGUGCAGGACUUCCCUGCUCGACCUGACGACAUCCUCAUCGCCACCUACCCCAAAGCUGGUACUACGUGGGUGGUGGAGAUGGUAGACGCUGUGCUCAGCCAGGGGGACCUGACUCACUGCUUCCGCGCCCCAUCUCACAACAGAGCCCCUUUUCUGGAGCUCAACGCCCCUCUACCGUUCCUCUGCGCACUGGACAUACUGAAGACUCUUCCAUCUCCCAGAAUGAUAAAGACACAUCUGCCCAUUCGGCUGGUGCCCCAGUCUUUCUGGGACAAUGACUGCAAGGUGAGAAAUAGAGACUAUUAACUGUCUGUAUUAACCCCUCUCU